ACAAUAAUCCUCUGAUAAAUGCUAUGUCAUUAUCUUUUUGUUCCGCGUGAGGAAAUAAGCCAUGGUGCGUGUUUACCCUUAUCCAUGAAAGAAAUGUGCAACUGAGUAGCAAGUUACGCGCAUGAUUUUCCCCAAACACCAUUUGAUAUUUUUAUUUGUAUUUCUAGGAUUUUUUUUCCAAACAUUAACAUCGCAUCAAGCUAGAGACAACGGCUGGAUGCAAAAAUCUUCCCUUUGCACGUGAAAGAGAUUGCUACAUGGGAAAUCACAUUGCAAAAAAAAGGAAGAUUUUCGUGCUUUUUCUUCGCUUAGUCCACAACCAAUGAAAAUCAUGUCAAAAUUCUAAAACCUUGAAUUUCAAGCCAUCAAUUAAGUACUUGUUUUUAGUAGAUAUAUGCAUAUUAAUUGAGUAAUUUGACACCAUAUAAUUAUAAUUUUUAAAAAUAUAAAAAAAAACUUAUAAUAUUCAGGCAAAGUAUCACGUCAUAUUAUGAGUACGACCUUCGACUUGGAGGAUUGAACCUCUUAGCCCUUCUUACCCUGUGGGCUGUCAAGUUUCAAUGACCGGUUCUAACGCAAGAAGGCUAACUGAGCCUAGGCAAAUAAACUUUCAACAUAACACCGAUUCCACAUGGAUUGAAAACCCAAUUUACGCCAAGUGAGGGCCCAAAAGAACAAUGAACACUGAGAAAUGUAGUAGAAGCCGUCCAGUCAGCAGGAACCGGAGUCGGUGGCUGGCAAAUACGUACUACAAGAGUCAGGACCACCUCUUUAAGAUUUGAACAACAUCAAAAGUCCACAACUUCGGCUGCCAAAAGCUGCUUUCCUUGUUUUUUUUUAAUGGUAAAAAAAUAAGCCAGCUUGAUCCCCCGCUUUGCAAUCUAAAUUAGAAGAGCUUCUAUUCCUCUUACUAUUAUUCUCUAAGCAUGGCGCGUAGGCUAACGUGAAUCCAUUAAUAGUGUAAAAAACUAAAAACAGAUCGACUGCUGACAAUUUUGUCUUUAUGCACUUUAACAUACACUCCGUACUCGAGCUGAAUGCGCGUAGGUCUAGGAUUUUUCUUGUUUUCUAAUGUGAAUUCGACGACCUAACCCAGCUCUCUAUAAUUCAUAGAUUAUAGACCGACCAUUCUUCCUAACCUAUGAAUCAAUACAAAAAAUUAUACUCAUUUGUGUACGAUUCAAACUCAAAGCCCGCCACUGUUUCUUUCCCGGGGUAGUUUGAUUUUGUUGACUAUAUUUUGAGCCAUUCUUGAGCAUCAUCUACUCACUAUCCUACAAGAAAAUUUGUGCUUCUCACUAACUUUACUACAUUUUUUGCCUCCCUUUUUUUUUUUUUCUCCAAUUGAAGCAUGAGUAACACAAAAAGUUCUAGUUUUGGGUGUUUUUCCGCCGUUUUGCGCCGGACUCUUUGUUCAGGUAGUCCUCAAGCACAUCCAUCUGAUCGCGUUAUAGAGUUAAACACUGUCGAUGAUGUGGCUAAGGUUCAAGUCCAAGCUUCUGAAAGUGGCCCUGGAAUAGUGGCGAGGCUAAUGGGGCUAGACUCAUUGCCAGAGAACACCUGGGUACAGAAAGGUAAAACUCCAGGCUCUGUUACGCGGAGCAGGUCAGUCAAUUUCGUGGAUUAUAUGCUGGAGUUUGAUUUAACACAAGCCAAACAUCGCCGUGUGAAAACUUCAGCGUCAUUUCGUGAGGUACCGCAAGGUCCGCAACAAUUCCAGCAUAAUCAGAAUCGAGAAUUCUUUGUGGUGUACUUGGAUAGUGUGGAUAAAAAUAAUGAAGCAGGGUUUAAGCCAACGAAAUCAGAGAAAGGAGAUGGAUCAAGUAGUAAGCAUGUUAAGCAAAAGGAGAAUGUAAGCGAUAAAGUAGCUCGUAAGAAGGCGAAUCAAGAGAAAAACAAGAAGAUAUCCAAGCUUAAAAAUGAGCCAAGAAGAGUUUCUUCUGGUAAACGUCCUUUGGAGGCUGGUGGCUGCAUUAGUGGAGCCAAGGUUGGUCAGAUUAAUCAUGAUGCAAAUUCGAAGGCAAAAAGCCCAUUGAAGAUGGUAAAUCAGAAGGAAGUAUAUGUUGUGACAAGGAAGAAAAAGAAUCAACGCGAACUUAAAAAAAUUGAUUACUCUGAGAGUAACUCAGAGGGUUCAAGCUCAGUUUCUGUCCUUAAUGUAAAUGAUUUUGUAUCCCACCAAGAAAAAGCCAUUUCAGAAGAUUCAAGGUCCUUGGAACUGAAUUCAGAGAAGAAAUGCUCAUCAAAGUCAGUGAAACACGACUCUCCCACUAUUGUUAUUAGUGCUCGCAUUUCAAUAACUGGAGGUCUUGGAAAGCAGGAAUUUACCAAGAAGAAUUUUGAGUCAACGAAUAUCGAGGAGACUGAUUAUUACAUGGAGUUGGUUGCUAAGCCUUGCAAAUUGACAGAGGAAGAUAUCAAAUUCUCAAACUGGCUAACCAAGAAAGUUUUCACGUUUGAACACUUUGAAGAGAUCUGCGCGGAGUUUGGGGAGCAAAUACUUGAUCUCAUGUUGUACCAGGUAGCUGACGAACUUAUGGGAUUUCACAUGCAAAUUACUGACAUAUCAUAAUGCUUGAAAAAGACUUGGUGGAAAAUUUUACACAAAAGCAGAGUUUUUCUAUGCAAAAUCUCUAAGGUAAACCUUGAAAAUAAAAUUUCAAGGCAAAUCUCGUGUGAAAGGGGUUCGCCGACUUUGAUUACUGGUCCAGUUGUCUUUGCAAGCAGAUUGCAGCAAGGAUCUAGUGUCAGGUGGCGCAAGAACAUAUAGGAAAUUAGGAAUAACAUGAUACAUGUUCAGCAAAUGUAAACUUAUUAGUAAUAAUACAUUACUAAUAGAUUAAAAAAAAUCCUGUGUACUUGUGGGUUUUAUGUCGCUGAUUUCUCGUACAUUUGAGUUUUGUUAGAUAAAUAAUUAUGAGAAAAAAAUAAUAAAACAAAUUUUAUU